AUGAACCUCAAGCAAGGAAGGAAUGGAUCCAGUGUGAAUGAAUUUAUCCUUGUGGGAUUCCCUGGAUCUCGGGAACUACGUAUCUCCCUUUUCAUGCUCUUCUGCUUCAUGUACAUACUGACAGUCACUGGGAAUGUGGCCAUCAUAGCUUUAGUAAGGGCCAAACGACAGCUUCAUACACCUAUGUACUUUUUCCUCUGCAAUCUUUCCUUCCUGGAGAUAUGGUACACAACCGCUUGUAUUCCCAAGACUUUAGCAAUCCUUGUAUCUGAGAAGAACCAAAAAAUCUCCUUCAUAGGUUGCAUCACACAAAUGUAUAUUGUUUUCUCUUUGGGAUGUACAGAAUAUUUUCUGCUUGCUGACAUGGCUUAUGACCGCUAUUUAGCCAUAUGCCACCCAUUGCACUAUAACUCUAUCAUGACAAAAACAACAUCUGUCCAGAUGGCAUUUGGCUCUUGGGUCUGUGGCUUUCUCGCUAUUUCCUUGCCAGCCUUCCUGAUUACCCAGUUGUCUUUCUGUGGAUCCAAUGUUAUCAACCAUUUCUUUUGUGACAUUGUGCCUUGGAUAGUCCUUUCAUGUACUGACACUUACACCCUUGAAACAGUAUGGUUUAUCAUUGCCGCUGUUGUCAUCAUGGGCUCAUGUGCAAUAACCUUGAUUUCCUACAUCUACAUCAUCACCACAAUAUUAAGGAUCGCAUCAGCCCAAGGCCGUCAGCGAGCUUUUUCCACCUGCUCCUCCCAUCUCACAGUGGUGAUUAUAUGGUAUGGUUCCACUAUUUUCCUACAUGUUACACCAUCCAAGCAGCAAUCACUGGAAUUGACCAAAAUUGUCACCAUCCUAAAUACUAUUGUCACCCCCUUGUUAAACCCUUUCAUUUAUACACUUAGAAAUACUGAAGUGCAAGAAGCUCUGAGGGCCAUAUUUGGAGGCACAGCUGAAAUGUUAAUUGGCAGGAAAGAGAGAGAAAAAAAGUAA